GCAGUGAUGUUCAGAAAAGGGAGCACAUUGUAUCUGAAGAAGACAUGCAAGGAUUUAUAUCUGAGGGUGCUAAUAUCUUACUUCAAAGACUCCUGGUUAGAAAGGGACUUAGUGAAUCUAUCAGCUUCAAAUCUCUUGACUCGGAGUGUAAUCUUUGUAUAGUAACAUAUACUCCACUUUCCAAAGAAGAGAGGAUAGUUGCAGGUAAAGAGGUGGAGGUAGUUGGAAUAGAACGGAAAAUACUAUCACAAGAUGGCAGCACAAGCAUCUGGCAGGCAUUUUUCACUAUAGAAGGAUAUCUAGUUCAAUUAAAUCAAGAAGGAUCACCAGUAAAAAUGAAACUGAUCCAUCAAACUUGCACAGAUAAAGACUUUAAGACAAAAUAUAAUUGGAAAGAAGAUCUGCAGUUCUGUUCAUUGUAUCUAGAUAGAAAGGAUGAUUUGAUUUCCAGUCACCUAUAUUAUGUCAGACAACAUCCUGAGUUGCAUUCUAUGUUGGCAGAUUUCCUAAAGAACCUGCUUAUCAAAAAACCAGAAAAUGUUUUAGAUUUUGCUCAGAAACACUUUUCAUCUUUUAAAAUUUUGGAAGAAUCACAAGUGAAAAGUAGUCCUCCUACUUCAGAUAACAAGGGAAUCCUUGUAUAAUAUUAACAUACAAACUUGGUAGUGUAAUUUUUUUUAAUGAUAAGUACUUAAAAGUUCAAUUUUUUACUAUAUAAAAUUUUGCUCUCUAUUUUAAUAUAUAGUUAUUUGCCAUGUCUAAAGAAAAACAAAGCUUUGUUUUGCUAAAAUCAUUAAUAGAAAACUGGUUACUCUUUUAAAAGUUAGCUUGUCAUUUUUAUAUUACUCUAUCAGAUAGUGGGUAAUGUCUCAAAUAUAAAGAUGUCAGAAGUUAAAAUUUAAAAGCAUGCUUUGCACUUUAUGCUGUGAUAUUCUCUCUAAAUUCAGCAAUUACAUAAUUUAUAAACAAAUUAUAAAGAGUUGAUUUUUUUUUAUUAAAGAUUUUUCUUGGUGUAUGUGAUUCCUAUUUCAGAGUAAAAGCUCAAUUCUGUAAUAGAAUGAUAAUGCUCACUUUGAAAACUGGUAGUUUUAACUUUUUAUAUUAAUUUGAAAACUAUCAAUCAAUAUUUUGUACAAAUAAUAUUUGGUGUAAAAUGAUAUUGUGAUAAUGUAACUCUUUAGAGCAAGAAGCAUUAGUGCAUCAACAAAAAUAACAUGCUGAAGUAUGAAUAAUUUUGCAAAAUAUAUAAGAAUGUAUCCACAAGUCUCAUCAACAAAGACAAUAGAACCUAAACAGCAUGGACAAAAUUUCUUAAAAUGCUCGUUUACCUGUUGUGUUUGCAAAGGAUUAUAAUUUCAUAUUGUAAUUCUGUAUUGUUUUCUUUCUUAUAUGUUGCUGGAUAAUAGUUACUUUGAAAGUCUUUUAUCUUAGUCGACAGAAACUUUAUAUUUUCAUUUUAUUACUCAUGCUAGUUUGGAUUGCUCUGUGGGUUAGUUAAAAUCCUUAAACUUAUAUGAUAAUGACCUAACAUAAUCAGAUGAUGCACACAUUAUUGUUAUUCAGUUAUUUUGUGUUUUUUUAUACUUUCUAGUAGAGUUGAAGUUUAUGUACUUAUAUGAUAUCUUGCAGGUUCUUAAGGCACUAAGGUAAUACUACAUAAGAAAACCUUUUAUCUUAUUUCAAAGAAAUUUUAAACCAAGGUGUGUAACUUUUUCAGCAAUGCUUUCUCAGUUCUUUUUCCAACUGAGAAAACUUUGCUUAAGAAGUGAAACAUCUUGAUUUAGGAUUUCUUUACAUUAACCCAAGAGAAGCUGAAACUGUUUUCAGAAGCUUAGGGAAAUACUCUAUUUCCUUUGUCAAAUAUAUUUAAUAUUACAUCAGUUAAUACAACCAAUGGAAUGUAAUAAGAUGAGGUUUUAAUCAACAGGAUAUUCUGUUGAUUAUUACAGGUAUUAUAAUAUAAAGUGGAGGAUUAUAAUCAAAACAGUAUGUUGUUAGAAGAUCCAAGCAGUAUAAUGUGAAGUAGAGAGCUUUUAUGAAGAAACAUUCCUGCAUCUACUACAGAAAGUAUAAUGACAAGUGGAGAACUCUGAUCAAAACAGUAUUAUCGUAUUAAGUUCAUGCAGUUUAUUAUGAUAUGGAUAGUACCAACAGAGCUUUCUUUCAGUUAUUACAGGGUCAGUUUAAUGUUUCAGUUGAUGUAAUGUGAGAAGUUAUUUAUCAAAAAAGAUAAUUUUGUUUAUUAGAAGCAACAUAAUUUGAAGCAUAGAAUUGUGAACAAAAUAUUCCUUCAGUUAUUACACACAUAAUUAAACAUAUUGUUAAUGAAUUAACCAACAAAAUUUUCCACCAGUUUAUACAAAGAGUAAACCUGGCAUUUACCCUUAUGGACCUACCAGGAAGUGACAUAGGAGAACCAAUGUAUGGAUCUGACCUCAUAUGCCCCCCAGGGGCCUUAUGUCUUUCCCAUUGAUUUAUAUACUUGCUAGUAUGUACAUAUAUGUAUGUGUGUAUAAAAAUAUUCUGUUAGAUACUAUAUGCAGUGUAAUGUGAACUGGAGAUUUAGUCAGUGUGAAAUGAAAAUGACUUACCAAUAGAAGUGUUUAUAAUGAACAAUGUAUAUCUCACAUAUUGAAAAUGUGGAAAGUGUUUAUAUAUCACAUCAAAUAUAUUAGACAGUAAAACUGCAAACGAAGAUUUCAAACAAAAAGUAUCUGUAGUCUUAAAUGCAAGCUGUUUGGAAUUAAUACUUUUUAUAAGGAAAAUCUUAUCAUGAUAAAAUUUACUUAUUUCCAGAAAAAAACAUGGUCAAAGUUUAAAAAGUAUUGUGUUUUGGCAUAAUUUUGUUAUGGCACUAAAGGUUUGUCAUCUUUUUUUUUUAUUAUUACAGAUUUUGACAGCUAACUGUAUUUGUAAUGAGCUUGAUAACAAGAUGUAGCUUCUUAAUAUGUGAUAUGCAAUGAUUGUAAACUUUUAUAAUUUUUUGUUGAAUUUGUUAUAAGAUUUUAACUUACUUAAAUGUUAUAAGUGGUUCAUGAUAAAAUUAAAUUAAAUUUUUCAUCUAUAAUGAAAAAGUGUAAAAGUUUUAGAUUCUAAUCACUGAUUAUCACUAGGAUGUGUUAUUUUGGAAUAUUCAUUUUAAUGGGUUUAGCUUAACUUCAUACAAACUUAACACUUAGUUAUACUAGACACCCAUUAUAAACAAUACAAGGAAGUAAACAGGAAAAUUCAGUGAUGGUUUUUAUGUGUGAAAUUGUUUUUAUUUAUAAAUAUUUCAGUUCAACUUAAGUUAAAAAAACAUCAAAAAUAUCAUUAAUUAAAUUAUUGCUUACUUUUAUGCUGAGAAAAAAUACUCUGCUUAAUUUAGAAGAUGUCCUAAAUUAAGAUUUAUAAAUAUGUUUAUUAGCCACAAAAGAUUUUUAUGUGUUAGAGAAAUUUAAUAAUCAAAAUUUCAUUUUUAAAACUAAGUAGCUUGUGUUUAUUGUUAGUAAAGUGACAAACUUAAGGCUACAGUUCUUAUGAUUGUUUUGUGAUAGAAUGAAGGUGUUUUAUGGACACUUAUGUUUCAAGAAGUACUUUUUUUUGUGUUUUUUUUUAUAAAUUAAAGGUAAAGCAGGAGCAAAAAUAAAAUUCUUGUUGUUA